AUGUGUCUGAGUAAAAUAUCUACGUAACAAAACAGAUUUACAAGGGAAACCGCUACCCAGGGGAAAAAUGAGCGAACAAGGCAAAUCUGAUUUCGAAAGUUUUCUUAAAAGCAUCUCUCUUCCCAAACGUGUCGGUUCGUCUUCUUCAAGAGGCAAAGCAGAACGAGUGAAAAAGCCUCACCUUCGCCUGGGUGACAUCUGGUCCGCCUACGACGAGUGGAGCACUAAUUGCGUCGGCGUUCCUCUUACGCUGAAGGACUCGUGGACGAAGGCUAAUCAGUAUUAUGCUCCCACCCUCUCCGCCAUCCAAAUCUUCACCAAGAAACCCUUUGUUGAUGAUGGAUCUUCUUCUUCUUCUUCUUCAAGGAGCUUUGGUGAGGACUGUCAUCUUUACUUUGAAUACAAUGAGACAAUGAGCUUAGAGGCGGCUAGGCUUCCUCUUACUAUGAUGUUUGAGGAACUAGCUAAGAAGCACCAUGGAUUGAAUACUCUUAGAACCUCUGAUCUGUCUGAAAACAGUUGGUUUUCUAUAACUUGGUCUCGGGGAAUUCAAAUUCCAGCGGUGAAAACCCUGAAUCAGUAUUUCCUAACAUAUCAUUCAUUGACACCCGUUAUUCCAGAAACAAUUCCUAAAAAGACAAAAGUUGAGCUUCCUGCUUUUGGAGUUCUGACUACCAAGCUUGACAAAGUUUGGAUCAUGCCAGGGACCUCAGAUCAAGAGAUCAUAAACAGGCUUGAAGAGUCUGCUGCCUCCUGGCUGGGAAAACGCAUGUUCAGCCACAGCGAUUUCGACAUGUUUAUGGCUGAGAAAUCUAAGGACCUGCCAUUUUCAAGUGGGGUGGUAACUGGUGAGUGGUAAUUAUCUCCGCAUUGAAAUUCUCAUAUAUCCUCCAGGUCCUGGUGAUGUAAUGUUGCCGGUAGAAAAAUAAGCCUGGUAGUGGUAU